AUGAGUAAUUAUCCUUAUGGAAAUCCAGCUGGUAAUUAUCCACCACUCUAUCCUAUAGGUAAUAGUGGUUAUCCAAACUAUCCACCUAAUAGUGGUUCUCAGCUUCCUCCGCCACCUAUACCCAUGUAUGGUAAUAAUCAACCGUUUGCAUCACCCUAUGGUGCGGCUGCUCCUUACAUGCCUGGCAAUAGUAAUUAUUCAACAACAUCCUAUAGUGUAAAUCAAAUGCCAAGUAACUUAUAUAGUUACGGAGGUGGUAGUGACUAUCGGCCACCUCCACCAUCUGGAGGACAAAUGCCUUCAUCGAUGUUGAAUCAACCUGCACAGCAAUAUGGAGGUUUUGAAAACUUGCAAUAUCAACAACCAUAUUCUCAAGAAACACCGUCAUCAUCAUCUGGCGGUUUAUAUCCAAACUUGUCAACACCAGCAACAUCACCCACCUAUGCCGAACAAGGCAUAGCUCCUUCAUACCAACCUCAACAUCAACAUCAAUCGUUUUAUCCUGAACAGCAACCAUCGAGUGUACUUGCUAGUUUAGAGCAAUAUCAAGGAACAGUUUUUCCAGCAUCAAAUUUUAAUAUUGAUGCUGAUUGUCAAGCAUUAAGUCAAGCAAUGAAAGGAGCAGGUACUAAUGAACGUGCUUUAAUCGAUAUUCUUGCUAACCGAUCCAAUGCACAACGUCAACAAAUUAAACUUCAAUAUAAAUCGAUGUAUGGCGUGGAUUUGAUUAAACAAAUUGCUGGAGAAUUAAGUGGAAAUUUUAGAGAAACAAUUACUGCCUUAUUUGAAGCACCAACAAAUUUCGAUGCAUGGUCAUUAAAUCAAGCUUUAAACGGAAAUAAAGAAGGAACAUUGCGUGAAAUUUUGCUUACAAGAACAAAUAGUGAAAUUCGAGCAAUUGUUGAAUUAUACAGACGAAUAUAUAAUAAGGAUCUUGAAAAAGAAAUCAGUAAUCGUGUACGAGGAACUGAUUUCAAACGAUUGCUCGUUUCUGCCAUACAGGCUAAUCGAGACGAAUUGAGUCCACAACAAAUUCAACAAGCUCGUCAGAUGGGUAUUGAAAGUAUUAUUGAUCGUAAUCGUGCUCGUCAAGAUGCUGAUGAUUUGUAUAAAGCUGGUGCUGGUAAAUUGGGUACAGAUGAGAAAACAUUUAAUGCUAUUUUCGCUCAACGUAAUUAUUAUCAACUUCGUGCUACUUUUGAAGAAUAUCAAAAAAAAUAUCGACAAGAUAUUGCUAAAGUAAUUCGAUCAGAAUUUUCUGGUAAUAUUAGAGAUGCUUAUCUUGUUUUGAUAUCAUGCAUUCGAGAUCGACCCUCAUUCUUUGCUGAACGUAUCAAUAACGCUGUUAGGGGUUUAGGUACUAACGAUUCAACACUUAUUCGUGUCAUUGUUACACGUUCUGAGAUUGAUCUUGCACAAAUUAAAGAACGAUAUCAACAAAUGUAUAAUCGUUCAUUAGCUCAAGAUGUUCGUGGAGAUACCUCGGGUGAUUAUAAACGAAUUCUGUUAUCAAUUAUAAAAUAA